AUGACGUAUACGUCAGAUGAGACGUCAUUGCAAGGGAAUGCAAUAGGAGUCGACGAGAGCUGGCGAGGUCUGAGGAAAAGAUGUGAGUUAAGUCGAGACGAGUCGGGAAGAAGUUCGGUACCAGCUAUACUUCAAUGGUAUCCAUCGUCUACUCCGGUCACCAAAGAAAUCCAGACAGCUACACAGAAAUGGCCAUGGGCCCGCCUGCCGGCCGAGGGCCAAUUAAGAGUUGAGUCAUGGGAAGAGUACGAGGAUAAAGGAUAA